GCAUUUCACUUCCCAGCAGCUCCAGGAAGGUGGGAUAGGUCGGCUCUUGAGUCUUCAGCUUCCCCAUUCCUCAGUUCGGGGAGGACCGGGUCGGGAUGUAACGUCUGCUGGACACUCUCCCCAGGGCUCUGCCGCUGAGCCACUCCUUGGAUGCUGUACACAGGGCAUGUCGCAAGGUGCAUGCCCAGGAGCGAUUGCAAUGGCAGUGGGGGUCCCAGCUUACCAGAGGUGAAACCUGGAGCUGCCCGGUCCCAUGUGAGUGCUGCUGCAUGAGAUCCCACGCCCUCCCAGCCCCUGCAGCCCCCUGACACCUGAUGAUACAGCGAGCCAUGGGCAGUGUCCGAGUGAACCGGUACAGCAUUGUCUCGACUGAAGAGGAUGGACACAAGGUCUCUGCGCUGGGCAGCAUGAAUGGGCACAGCCGGAAUGGGAAGGGCCAUGUCCCCCGGAGGAAGCACCGCAACCGUUUUGUGAAAAAGAAUGGCCAGUGCAAUGUCUACUUUGCCAACCUGAGCAACAAGUCUCAGCGCUACAUGGCUGACAUCUUCACCACUUGUGUGGACACACGCUGGCGGUACAUGCUGAUGAUCUUCUCUGCCGCCUUCCUGGUCUCCUGGCUUUUCUUUGGCUUCCUCUUCUGGUGCAUUGCUUUCUUUCAUGGUGACCUCAAUGCACAGGUGGUGGGAGGUGGUCCCUCUCUCCUCAAGCCCUGCAUCAUGCACGUGAACAGCUUCCUAGGGGCUUUUCUUUUCUCAGUGGAGACACAGACAACCAUUGGGUAUGGCUUCCGCUGCGUGACUGAGGAGUGCCCGCUGGCUAUCAUGGCAGUUGUAGUCCAGUCCAUCGUGGGCUGUGUUAUUGACUCCUUCAUGAUUGGCACUAUCAUGGCCAAGAUGGCAAGGCCCAAGAAGCGGGCCCAGACCCUCCUUUUCAGUCACCAUGCAGUCAUCUCCGUGCGGGAUGGCAAACUGUGCCUCAUGUGGCGGGUGGGAAACCUGAGGAGGAGCCACAUUGUGGAGGCCCACGUCCGAGCCCAGCUCAUCAAGCCCUACAUGACAGAGGAAGGGGAAUACCUCCCCCUGGACCAGCGGGACCUAAAUGUGGGUUACGAUGUGGGCCUUGAUCGUAUAUUUUUGGUCUCACCCAUUAUUAUCGUUCAUGAGAUUGAUGAGGAGAGCCCACUCUAUGGGAUUGGCAAGGAGGAGCUGGAGACAGAGAACUUUGAGAUUGUUGUUAUUCUGGAGGGGAUGGUGGAAGCCACAGCCAUGACCACACAGGCACGAAGCUCUUACCUCGCUAGUGAAAUCCUUUGGGGUCAUCGUUUUGAACCAGUUGUGUUUGAGGAGAAGAACCACUACAAAGUGGAUUAUUCGCGCUUUCAUAAGACCUAUGAGGUAGCUGGCACGCCUUGUUGUUCAGCCCGGGAGCUGCAAGAAAGCAAGAUGACUAUCCUACCUUCUCCCCCACCUCCCAGUGCCUUCUGCUAUGAGAAUGAGCUGGCUCUUGUCAGUCAAGAUGAAGAUGAAGACGAUGACGAAGUGGGUGUGGUGUUAGGGGGCAACACCAAGGAGGAGGGAGGCGUUAUCCAGAUGAUGGAUUUUGGAAGCCACCUGGACCUGGAGCGGCUCCAGGCAACUCUGCCCCUAGAUACAAUCUCAUACCGCAGGGAGUCAGCCAUCUAACUCUUCCAGAUUCCCCUUUCCACACCCGUCGUCCACUGUCUCCUCCUCCGUUCUACACCCUUAUGUAGCUGGAUAAGUCCCUUGCCCACCAAAAAAUGCCUCCUAUGACUGUCUCUCAGCCCCUGAGUACAUCAAGUCCUGGAGCUGCUCUGAUAUAGCCCCUUUCCUGUGAAGUCAUACUGCCUGGAAGAGGAGUGAGGAUACACUACUCUUCCCAUGUGUGCGGCUUGUGCUAGGACCCCUUUCCCACCCAGAGACAGGAGAGCAGCAUGCCUGGUUUCUCAUCUCUGGAGAGGUGACAGAGGUCCCUGCCCUCAACGGACAGACUGGGACCCACAGCAACUGUUUCUGCUGCUGAGGCAACAGCAGACUUUCUGUCCCUUCUCAACGUGGGCAGGCCCCAUGGCUGUCAAGAGUCAUAACCAUCACUAGGAGAGGAGCAAUACCUAAGCACUGACCAGAUGAGGAUGAAUGGGAGGAUUUAGAACUCUGGAGGGAGUGGGGAAUGAUCUCAAGGGAGGGGUUUACUUGCAUGUUUAUUGCUUGUUGCACAUGACUCUUUCUUUGUAUAUAAAACAGAAUGAGAACUGAAAUCCAUAUUCUUCCACUGCAAAUUCCAAGCUAGGAGACAAGGACACUCUACGUAGCCUAUUCUGCACUCUCCUUGUAGUUUGGCAUCUGUCACCUCCAGAAGCAGCUCAGCUCCACGGACUCAGACCCAGUUCUCCCAGUCCUCUUGAAAAAUACAUCCUGCUCCUCUCCUGAGAUGCCUGGCAGAGGAGGCAGGGCCCUGUGCUGCACACUCAGACUGCUCCCUGGCACAGCGCAGCCAGGGUGACAGACAAGUGACCUGACUGGACAGCAGACCCUCAACUUGCUCCUUUCACCUCCUCCGUUCUUCUCCCUGCUGCCAUCAGCUGUAAAACUGAAUUUGUAACUAUUUAUUUUUAAUAAAGUCUAAUAUCCCAGGGGGAGGUUUGGAAGCAAAGGAGAGACCCCAAGGCUGAAGCCUGGUAUAGAGACUGAUGAGAAUUAUUAGUGCUGGUGUUUGCUAUUUGUAUGGCAUUGGUGCCUGGAAGCUCGACCAUGAGGGCUCCCUUGUUCUGGGCCUCUCUGGCAAAAACCUACAAUAGGAGGCUCAGAGAAUUUGUUUGGGGAGAAGAUCAUACAAAAUGGAGGGAGGGAAGCAUUUGCAUUAAAAUUACCAGUAGGAUGGGUCAAACAAUCCUGCUUGUUUUGGAGAUAAUGAGAGUUUUUCUCAGGGAAGGGUUAUAGAUAUGCUUGAUGAAGAGGCAGAGAUGUGCAAAACAUUGUUC